UGGACCUUAUGUGACCACACACUGGAUCAUGCCAUUAUCCAACUGCAGCAACAGCAGCGACUUCAUCCUCAGCGGAAUUCCGGCCUCGGCUGAGUUCCAUUUCUGGAUCGGGUUUCUCCUCUUCUUCAUCUACUUGGUGGCUGUCAUAGGGAACCUGACUCUCCUGUACAUCAUCAAGGUGGACCAGGAGCUCCACGAGCCUAUGUACAUCUUCCUCUUCAUGCUGUCAGUCGUCGACCUGGCGGUGGCCACCACUAGCAUGCCACGAAUGCUGGGGAUCUUCUGGUUUGACUCUCGACAGAUCACUUUCGGUAUGUGCCUGACCCAGAUGUUCUUCGUCCAUUUCCUGUCGGCGCUGGAGUCUGGGAUAUUGGUUGCCAUGGCUGUGGAUCGCUACGUGGCCAUUUGCCUCCCUCUGAGAUAUUCUUCUAUUUUAACAUAUGAGAACAUCUUGAAGAUCUCUUUGGUCAUUGCCGUCAGAGGAGCCGCUGUAAUGAUCCCUCUUCCGCUCCUCAUCAAGAGGCUCUCACUGUGGAAAGACAAUCUCCUGACGCAUUCCUACUGCCUUCACCAGGAGGUCAUGAAUCUGGCCUGCGGUGAUAUAAGGGUGAACGUCAUCUACGGUCUGUUCAUCAUCCUCUCCGUCAUGGGGGUAGACUGUCUGUUCAUCUCCGGGUCCUACCUACUGCUCAUUAAGACGGUGGUCAGUGUGGCGGCAGACGCCAACCUUAAGGCCUUCAGCACCUGUGCCGCACACAUAUGCGCGGUCCUCGUCUACUACGUACCCCUUAUUGGUCUGUCUGUGGUGCACCGCUUCAACAUCACCGUAGUUCCAAACCUGCAUAUCCUGUUUGGGAAUGUCUACCUUCUGCUCCCCCCAGUGAUAAAUCCUUUAAUCUAUGGCAUUAAAACAAAGCAGAUUCGCAGUAGGCUGAGCAAACUGUUCAGUAAAACAACAAAGCAGGGUACAAUACCCCGGGAACUAUGUAACAUAUGUGCAGAACAUGAUAAAUAACGUUUCUUAUUAGUUUCACCGACUUUGUAGUCUUCGCUGUGAUAGGAUGUAACAUUUUGCUGACAGUCAAUAUUGCAGAUAAGAAUGAUGGGCCCCAUUCGGAAGUGCCGGUUGUUGCUGUGUGGGCGGGGCCACGGGUGCCGUAACAUGCCAAUGCUAGUUGCAGCCUCCCCCCUGUGUGCUAGCAUAUUCCGGGCAAUGCCAGCCCUGAGACGCCCACUUUCUGCGCCCCUGUAUGCAGUAACAUAGGUGUUUCUAGGCAUUGCAUUAUAGGUGCACCAACCUACAGUAUGGCAGGUGCUGUGUAACACGACCUCUGCGGCAGCGGCUGUGCAUCAGUUGCGCAAGCGUCGCAUUGCAUUCGGUUUGCGUGCACCUGUAAAUCAGGCCAGAUAUAUAGAUGGAGCCAUCUUUAUCUUGGCCUUUAAUAGGAUUAAUUGAGCCAGGGCAGUCAGACAUAAUCCCCUGCUGUAAUGACUCAGGCCCUCAUUCCGAGUUGAUCGCUCGCUAGCUACUUUUUACAGCCGCGCAAACGUAUAGUCGCCGCCCACGGGGGAGUGUAUUUUCGCUUUGCAAGUGUGCGAUCGCCUGUGCAGCCGAGCGGGAUGAAAAAGUUUUUUGCAGUAUCUGAGUAGGUCUGAAUUUACUCAGCCGCAGCGAUCACUUCAGCCUGUCCGGUCCCGGAACUGACGUCAGACACCCGCCCUGCAAACGCUUGGACACGCCUGCGUUUUCCUUACCACUCCCAGAAAACGGUCAGUUGACAGUGACACCCAUAAACGCCUUCUUCCUGUCAAUCUCCUUGCGAUCGGCUGUGCGAAUGGAUUCAUCGCUAGAAGCAUUGCACAGCAACAAUGCUGUUUGUACCCGUACGAUGUGCGUGCGCAUUGCGGUGCAUACAAUUGCGCAGUAGUAACCUUAUAGCUGCACUGCGAAGAUCGGCAGCGUGCGAUCAACUCGAAAUGACCCCCUUAAUCCUCUGAUGUAUUAUUCUCUCUGUAUUGUAUUGCAGAUGGGCCUGGCUCCAUCUGUAUGUGCAUUUCUCAGUCCUGCAAACCCCAGUGGAAGUAGGGCGUGUUGGUUUUAUUAUGUAAUAAAAAAGUCCAGCAGUUCUCAGCUCCCCAGCCGGGAUACAUGUCAGGUCGUCAUUCAGUAAGCCAUUGUAUAGGAAUUGUGACCUCAAAAAUGUUCUCUUUUAGGUUUUUGCAGAUAUCUGAGGAAAGUUACAAGACUGCCGCAGAGCUGAACGUGCGCCUGUCGGCGGAGUGCACGUUACGUGUGUUCACCCACCGCAUGCCUCCAUGCAACUGUGUGGAGUUUGUAUAUUCUCCCGGUGCUUGCAUGAGUUUCCUCCAGCAGCUCCGGAUUCCUCCCACAAUUUCAAAAAUAUACAGGCAGUUUAAUUGGCUCCCAAUAAAAAAAAAAUGAACCCUACUGCUGUAUGUAUAUAUGCGUGUACAUGUUGUAGGGAAUAUAGGGGGUGAUUCUGAGUUGUUCGCUCGCUAGCAGAUUUUAGCAGCAUUGCACACGCUAGGCCGCCGCCCUCUGGGAGUGAAUCUUAGCUUAGCAGAAUUGUGAACGAAAGAUUAGCAGAAUUGCGAAAAGAAAUUUCUUAGCAGUUUCUGAGUAGCUACAGACUUACUCAGCCAUUGCGACCAGCUCAGUCCUUUUUGUUCCUGGUUUGACGUCACAAACACACCCAGCGUUUGCCCAACCACUCCCCCGUUUCUCCAGCCACUCCUGCGUUUUGCAACUCGAACGCCUGCGUUUUUCCGCACACUCCCAUAAAACGGCCUGUUUCCGCCCAGAAACACCCACUUCCUGUCAAUCACACUCCGAUCAGCAGAACGAUGAAAAAGCUUCGUAAUGCCGUGAGUAAAAUACCUAACUUUUGUGUAAAAUAACUAAGCGCAUGCGCUCUGCGAACCUUGCGCAUGCGCAGUAAGCAACUAAUCGCAGUAUAGCGAAAAUCGGCAACGAGCGAACAACUCGGAAUGACCUCCAUAGAGUGUAAGCUCCACUGGGGCAGGGGCUGAUCUGUAAAGCGCUGCGGAAUAUGUGUGCACUCAGGGCUGUUUCUAGACAAUUUGGCUACAAAUGUGAACAAAUGUGCCCCUUGUUGGAGACGGCCUCUCCCUCUCUUAAUAUGCCCCUGAUUAGCACAUACAGACAGGGGCGGAUUGGGAACAAAAAGCGGCCCUGGAAAAAUUAGUACUAGUGGCCCCACAUGGGCAGCACCAGAGGUGUAAGGUCUAGCCAUGGGCCAUGGCAGCAGCACCCUCCCCCCAAGACUUUCCAGAUAGUGGGCAUGUCCAGCAUCAAGGGGGAAGUUAGAAAUAAAAUGAAAUAUUAUGAGCACAUUAUAUGAUACACCUUCAGAAUUUAGGAAACUAUCAUUCUUUAGAAAGAUAUAUUUUCUUGCUUAUUACACCAACCGUAUCCCAAUCACUAUUCACUCAAUCUUAUAUGUCAGCCAAGCAGACAGAGCAUACACUAGAUCAUCUGCAAUCACAGGCUAAGUGGCAAAGUCAUUUUCAUAUAUGCAAAUUAUUUUCAUUAUGCAUAUAUUCAUUAUGUCUAUAAAAAGGACUACGUGUCCUCAAACAAAACAGGCCCCACCGGUGCGUCGGCCCACCGGGAAUCUUCCCUAUGAACCCUAUGCCCAAUCCGCCUCUGCAUACAGAUGUAGUUUCCUAAAUGGUAGACAGAAAACUCACCCUAUUUGUCAUUUCGCCCCCAAAAAUUGCUUCGUGUGAAUCUACUGUAGAUUUAGGGGGAUAUUUACUAAGCAGUGAUAAGAGUGGAGAAGUGAGCCAGUGGAGAAGUUGCCCAUGGCAACCAAUCAGCACAGAAGUAACAUCUAUAAUUUGCAUACUAUAAAAUUAUACAGAGCUGCUGAUUGGUUAAUGGGGCACCUUCUCCACUGGCUCACUUCUCCGCUCUUAUCACUGCUUAGUAAAUGUCCCCCAUAGUCCUGAAAGUUCUCUCAUCUGUAUAUGAGCAUUACUCCAACUGUCACUCCACCAUUUGUUACUUAUUUAUUACCAAUUAUCUAUAUAGUGCACACUGGGCCAUUUCUGCCGGUGGGCGAGCCAUGCAAUGGCACGGGGCAUCUGCCGCGACCCCUGCUGGCUGUUGUUCUCUGAAGUCCGCAAUUAACUCCCCCCAUAUCCGUCCAUAGUUUAGCGGCAGGACGUGGUUGUGUUGCGAUGUCAUGACGUCACACUUUUUUUUACUGUUCACAUUUGGGGGGGGAUAACUUGGUACUGUAUAACCUGAAAUUAGUGUAUAAUAGUGCCUGGCGCCAUGACACACUAUGCUGCCCGGCUGCCGGCAACUGAGACCCUUUGUUGUGGUGCGUGACUCUGAGGCUGUGAGGAGUUGGUGGCCAUCGUAUCAUUGAUUUGGUCAUCGAUUGCACGUACAGGGACAUGGCUUAGGACAGGUCGUCCAUAGGUGUACAUGGCAGAUUGACUUUCCUGGGAUACUUAUGGGCACAUCUAGGGAGCAGGUGAUGGUCCUGGUCUCUAUAGGGGUUCCAGGUUUGGUAUGGGUAUGGUGGUAGGCUCGGCUCAUUUAGAUAUUCUGGUGUGCUCCCUGGCAAAGUGCAGUUUAGGCUGAUCUCACAUGCGGCCGGGCCAGGUUUGCUGUUGUCUACGGGUAGGUAGGGGAGUUGGAGCCACUGAGAAAGGCGAUUGGCUUUGUAAGUUUGGGUUGCGCCAUCAGUUGCCAUAAGACGAUUGGUCACUGAUCCGCUGUCCGCUCAUUCUUUCUGCGACCCUGUCACAACAAAAGGACAUUGUCUUCGAGUGGCGCACGUCUAAUAUAAAACCUCACUUUACUACGCCCAUAUAAAACACCCAAAAUUGGACACAAUCUGUGAAAUGUAAAGGUGAUAUAAAGCUACAGAGGCGUGGCUACAGAAUGUGAAAUAAAG